AUGGGAAAGGUCAAUCCAAGUGAUGAGAAGAGGGUUGUACAAACAGAGAUUGGAAGCAAGAUUAAUAGUGGAUAUAGUGCAGAUGAGUUGAUUGGCGCAAGGAAGGGUGUACUUGGAUUGGAGAGUAGGAAGUUGUUGACAAAGUGGAAGCCAAGAUGGGUGGUGCUCAGUACUGAAUCAUUGACAGUAUUCAAGACAGAACAAGAAGAGAAAUCAAAGCUAGUCAAACCAAUACUAUCAUUCAUGAUAAUGUUCUGUUCGGCCAAGGUUGUAUCAACUAAAGAUCGAUACACAUUCGAUGUGAUGACCAACACUGAUAAGUCAGUACGCUUCUCCUGUCCAUCGGGUAGUUCAAUGCUCGGAUGGAUCACAUCAAUCCAAAACGCUCAAUCAUCAGCCAUGGCAUCAUACCUCCAAUAUGAGUUCUCCCCUUCUGCCACCCCCUCAACAUCAACUUCAUCAACAUCCACAACAUCAGAUCAAUCAACAUCAUUGUUGGGUGAGUCACAAGGAUUGAUGGACUCAUUGUUGGCCAACCCUGGAAAUAAGUACUGUGCAGACUGUACAGCAGCCAAUCCCUUGUGGGCCAGUAUCAAUCUUGGCAUAUUCCUGUGUAUACAGUGUUCUGGAAUACAUAGAAGUCUGGGUGUACAGCUGUCGAAGGUACGCUCAGUUACAAUGGAUAAAUGGGAACCUUCAACUCUCAACUUCUUCCAAACAAUGGGCAACAGUAGAUCAAACUCAAUAUGGGAGCAUAGUAUACCAUUCGACAGAUCAAAGCCUCAACCUAAUGAUUCAAUGGAUGUAAGAGAGAAAUUCAUAAGAGAUAAAUAUCAGCUUCGUUUAUUCAUGGAAAGGAAACCUAUUAGUGGCACCGGAGUUGGUAGUGGACAACAACAACCGUCAUCGUCGACACGCAAGAUGAUCACGGUCAUAGCAAGAUAA